AUGCCCUUCUUCCACUUCCCACGGAGGAAGGGACAGAAACGCAGGUCUGAGGCCUACCACGCACCCUCCAUCCCCAGACUUGAGUACCUCCUCAGCGGGAGACCCAUUCUGGCAGACCAAACCACCCGCACUGACUCCACAGGCAGUGGGAACAACUAUGGGACGUCGAUCUCAGAGACCUGCAGCAGUCACGGUGUCCGACACAAGAGACAUCGGAACUCUCCUGCAGCAACAACCGCAACACAAAAUGUCGACCGCAAAGAACAGGGAGGUAUCCCCUGCACCAAGCCCCGGAGAACUAGCAGUCCCACCACCACAGCUCACCACUGA